AUGCGGCGGGCUCGGGGCGUGGCGCUGCCGGCGCUGGCCGUGCUGAUCAUCGUGGCUGUGGUCAGAGCCCGGGUGCAGCAGGAGCCAUUCCUGGAGACCACCGAGGGCACCGGCAUCAACAUCACCUGCUCACACUCCAACAUACAGACCACUGAUUUUAUCUACUGGUAUCGACAAUUCCCUGGCCGAGGACCCGAACUCUUUGUGAGCAUUCACAAGGACUCCAAAGAGCUGCCGGACAGUGCGGGCCGUGUGUGGGUGUCGGCAGAUCGGCGUCGGAGCGCGCUGUGGCUCGGGCGGCCCCGGCGCGGGGACGCGGCCGUGUAUUACUGCGCGCUGGGGCCACGGGCAGAGGAGCCGGGGCUGCGGCCGGGCACGAACCGCCGCGGGCGGGGCCGGGCGGGGCCAGCAGGGGGCGCUGCCGGGGCGCGGCUCCGCAGCUCCUUCCGCUGCCCCGAGCCCGCACGCACCGGCACCGCCAGUGACAGGGAAAAGGCCCGCACACUCCCUGCCUGCCUGCCCUCAGUCCUGCUGCUAUUGCUUCUCCUCACUUCCAUCCCCUCCCUGACACCUUUCUGGGAAUACAGCAGCACCCUCAGUAGAAAAAAAAAGUAA